AUGGCUUCUCACACUGUCUACCGCUUGACUUCCCGAGACGGCUUCGAUGGGCUCCAGGCUUUCACGGAGCCAAUUCCCACAGCCGGAAAAUACGAAAUUCUCGUCAAAGUGCGUAGUGUCGCAUUAAACUACCGAGAUGUUGCCAUUGCGACUUCUAAAUAUCCGGCUCCUGUCAAGCAUCAGGUGAUUCCUUGCUCGGAUAUGGCCGGUGAGGUUGUGCAGGUCGGCGAUCUGGUUGACGGCUUUUCCGUUGGCGACUCCGUCAUCUCCCCAGUCAGCCAUGUGAUGUUGUAUGGUCCCGCAAAGAACCAUCUCCACACCCUUGGGGGACUGAAAGACGGCGUGCUCAGGGAAUAUAUGGCCCUGCCGGCACAUGCCACCAUCAAACUGCCCAAGUCGUCUCACAGCUUCACUCAGUGGGCUUCUAUGAUUACCACAGCGGGAACUGCUUGGAAUGCGCUCUAUGAGUAUGCACCACUGAAGCCGGGGCAAACGGUACUCGUUCUUGGAACUGGGGGAGUAUCCCUGACUGCCCUGAUAUUUGCUAAAGCUGCUGGUGCAACCACCAUCAUCACCUCAUCCAGCGACAAGAAGCUCGAAUUUGUGAAAUCCAAAUACGGUGCCGAUUAUACCAUCAACUAUAAGACGCACCCAAACUGGGCUGCCGAGGUGCAGCGUAUCACCAGCGGCCAAGGUGUAGACCAUGUCAUCGAGGUUAGCGGCACGGGGACGAUUAAACAAAGCAUCGAGGCCGUUGCGUGGGGUGGAGUUGUUUCUGUGAUCGGGUUCUUGUCAACUGUCUCCCAAGAAGAGAUGCCCGAUGUCACUCAACUAACAUUGGUCAAGGGAGCGGUCCUCCGUGGCAUCUUGUCUGGGUCGAAGCAGCAACUCGAGGACGCAGUCAGAUUCAUGGGCAGUCGAGAGCUUCAGAUGCCGGUGGAUAAAACAUUUGGUUUCAAUCGGGAUGAUAUAAUCGAGGCACUGAAAUAUGUCGAAUCUGGUAAGCACAUUGGCAAAGUUUGUGUCAAUUUGGAGUAG